AUGGUCCGCUCUGACUUUUUCGUCCUCUUUGUCCUCGCUGCGAUGGUUGCCGUCCUCCUUCAGGAGCACAGCCGCCUCUCCCGUACGGCGCGGUGUUCCCCCCUCGCUUUCUCUCCAUCCUCUCCGCCUUCGCUGCGCAGCCGCGACACCGUGCGGUCUAGCGCCUCCCCUCCUUCUCUUGCCGCAUGUCCUAUCAGGUCCGCCUUUCCGUACAUGUGGGGAGGGGGGUGGCGUUGUGCCGUCGGCGGUAUGGGCUGCAUCUUUUCUUCCAUCGCACGUUCUCAGCUGUAUGGAGCCGUUGCCCCAGUCUUUGCGAGGACGGGGGUGCCAUCCUUUUCAGGACAGAGGAGGUGUGGUUCUGUCGUUGUCUCCGCCGUGGCCUGGCGGAGCCGUUGGGCUGCUGAUAAUCAGGCCUUAAUCUUCUGUUGGGAUCUGGUUGGAAAAGAUGGAGAUCACUUUGGCCCUGCCAUAGCGCGCCGGUGCAAUUCUUGUAAUCUCAUUAAUGAUGCCGCAAUAUGGUUGAAGCAUAUCUGCCAAAUAUGGCUACACUCACUUAUCUUUGUAAGCUCUAUAAGCUAUUUGAAUUCGCUAUUUAGCCUGAUCAAACGAGCAUACUGGUGUUGCAGGGGAAGAGGAAAUGUCACUGGCAUAGUGCAUUCAAUUGACAUCCAUCCAUCACGAAAGCAUAUAUGUAUAGUGGGGGGCUCUUCUGGAACUCUAUUUGCUUGGGAUCUUCGUUGGCAGCAGUGGCCGAUCCUACUCUCUGGAGUCUGUCUUAAUGGGACGGACCAACCAGUCUCCGAGAGCGAGGUAUGCAAGGUUCAGUAUGACAGCUACACUCAAUCUUCUGGAAUUACCUCAGCUCUGUCGACGAAAAUAUUACCUGUUAUGGUGUGCUCAGAAGAUGGGAUCCUUGUAGUUCUUGAACAAGGUGAAGAUCCUGUUGAGCUAUUAGCUGAGCCAUGUGCUAUCAAUGCCUUUGACAUUGAUCCCCAAAAUCCUUUUGAUGUGGUUUGUGCUCUGGAAUGGGAAAGCAUGGCGAUUUUAUCGCGGGGAAGAGACGCGAUGGCUAUUCAAUAAACAUAGCUUUGAUUUGUUUUUCUUUUUCUUUUUUGAACUUCUGCAUAUUUCGGCAAGGAUGUUCUUCCGGCAGGCGCGAUCGGGACAUGUUCAUCUCACCUACACUACUUAUACCAGAUCGACUUCACGACAUCCACUCAUUCCACCGUCUGGUAAUACUACUGAGGCUGGAGGGUCUGGAGCUGGUGCAGGAGAUGAUGAUGAUGAUGGUGAGGACACGGAGUGAUUACAUCCUCGCACUUAGUCUUGCUACUUAGCUUUUAGGACGAUGUUUUAGCUUUGCUUGCUUAUUUUUCAUUUGCAUGGUUUUACUUUUGUUUUAGGCCUGUAACUAUGAUUUGACUACUCUUAUGCUCUUAGUAUGUUUUCUCUCUUCAUA